AUGGGUUCGGGUUUAAUUAGGCGGAAGGCGAUAAUGAUGACAAUGACUCCGGUGGAGGCAACGCUGGUUGAGUUGUGCGUCAUCCCACCAAAGGAGACAGGGGGUCUGCCCUUGACCCACUACGAGUUGCGAAUCCAGCCCUCCCCGAACGAGCGGUUCCACGGACCCUUUGCGUACCUGCCAGGUCGACGUGUAGUUCGACUCCCCGACCUCACCCCGAACCACUUCUACAAGUUUGCUCUCUCCGCCGUCACCUCCGCUGGCCGAGGUCCAAAUACUUACUUACAGGUCAUGACACGGCGAAUUGGAGUGCCGAAAUUGAAAUUAAUUGCCACCGAUUCCGACGUUACGUCGUCCGACUACCUAGUUCGAUGGAUCCUUGAAUCUGAUGGUGGUUCUCCUGUCAUCAUUUACAAAAUCAGGAUUCGCCCAGUAAAGACAUCUUGGGGACCCGUGAAGCACCAAAUCACCCCGCUUGCCUCAUGGACAGUCUUUGACGUUCUUUCCCGCGACGCCGACCGAAGAACACGUCUCGGCAUUGAAGGCAUGUACCGCAUAAAGAGCCUUCAGCCGGGCAUUUCCUACGAGGUCAACCUCGUGGGGCAGAAUUCCGUUGGCCAAUCGAAUCCCUACGUCGUGGUGUUUCGGACCUCUGAGCUAAGCGGAACAUCGGGCAGGCUUCUGGGGGAACCAAUUAGUCAAUAUUUGCAUGGUGGCAAAGCCAGUGCUCUCUCCGUUACCGCUUUCUCCCUGAUACUUGCUCUACUAGUUGCUGUUGACCCAUAG